CCUAAUCAACAGAAUUAUACACCGCCGCGUCUUUUUCUCUCUCUUUCCCUCACUUUUUCUCUGGAAUUUUCUCUGGAAUCCUAUCUCUUUUACUUUUCUAGAGAAACAAACAAACAAACAUAACUGUUUUGCCCUAUCGGAGAUUUUUCUCCUGUUAUUUAGUACAUUACAACUCUGUGGGAGGAGAUUUGGAAUUCUCUCCAAUCACGCAGCGGCGAACAGAUAAAAUUGACUGUAUUUAUCCACUCUUCUCGAUCUCAGCAAAAACAAAGGGAAGGUUUUGAUUUUCUGGAUAAUUUUCUCUUGGAUUAGGUUCAUAGAUUGUCGCUCUUUCUCGAGAAAUUGAAAAAAAAGAGAAAGGAAGAUGAGGAGACAACAGCAACAUCAACAGCAUCAAGAUCAGUAUUCACGGGUUUUAAACGACCUCUCGUCGCUGGUGCUCAAUCUGCUGCGAUCGCCUCCUUCGCCGAUACAGUUCUCGGACCAAGCUCCGGUGUUGGCCCCACAGCCGACGGCGGUUUCGUCGUCCUGGAGGAGGCCGUCGUUUUCUCAGAUCUCUCCGGCGGGGUUCGCGUCGCUGAUGCUGGGGAUAUCUGUUGCGUUGAUGUUGUGUGGAUCGGUGACGUUCUUUAUCGGGUUCAUAUUGAUGCCUUGGGUUAUUGGAUUGGUUAUGGUGUUCUACGUCGCUGGGAUUGUAUCGAGCCUCUCGAUGUUGGGCCGUUCUAUUUUCUGUAACGCGACGGCCCCUACUUCGCCGCGAAAGGAGGUUCCUGUUAUCGAGUUAAAUUAGCACAUCUAGAGUCACAAGCUAAGAUUUAUCCUUCAAUCUCAUCAGAAACCUUGCGAAUUCACCUUGAAAACUCUGCAAAUCUUGGGGUUUCUUGAAGAUGUUUCAGUCUCUGCAACUAUUAGCAUGGAAACUGUUGUGAAGUGGUGGUUUGGAGAGUUGGAUUAUGUAUUGGAAGAUUGAGCGGGCACUGGUGUUCUAGUAAGUGGACGCCGCCUCCAGAACUAUAUAUGUGAAGGGAAAUCUCCCAGCUUCUUAAAGUAUUGAUGCAGGAUUGUGGAUAACUGUUUUUCCUGUUGCUAUCGAAAUUUUAUAGAUAUGUUCUCUUUGUUAAGUAAAAAUGGUAAAUUGUUGAAGGAUUUGCAUACAAAUAUGCUCGUGUGUGAGAGAGACAGAUGGGAGGUUUGUUCCAGGAUUGUUUUCUAUAUUGAAUUUCUUCUAUUCAGGUA